AUGGUGCGCCGUGUAGCAGUGAUUGGGGCUGGACCCGCAGGCUUGUCCAGCAUAAAAAGUUGCCUGGAAGAGGGACUGGAGCCAGUGUGUUUUGAAACCAGCGAUGAUAUUGGGGGAUUGUGGAAGUAUAAGGAGGUUUCUGAGCCCAACAGGGCGAGUAUCUACAAGUCCCUGACCAUAAACAUCUCCAAGGAGAUGAUGUGCUACAGUGACUUCCCCAUCCCAGCAGAUUACCCCAACUACAUGCACCACUCACGCAUCCUCCAGUACUUCCGUCUGUACGCCGAGCACUUCAAGCUGCUGCGGCACAUCCGCUUCCAGACCAACGUUCGGAGCGUCAGGCAAAGGCCCGACUUCGCUCGAUCGGGGCAGUGGGAGGUGGUGACGGAGAAUCGGGAGGGGCAGGAGGAGAGGCACGUCUUUGACGCUGUGAUCGUCUGCUCUGGACAUUACUCAUAUCCCCACAUGCCACUGAAGGACUUCCCAGGGAUUGAGAGCUUUGAAGGGAAAGUCUUCCAUAGCUGGGAUUACAAAGGCCCAGAGGACCUCCACGGGAAAAGGAUCGUGGUGAUUGGAAUUGGGAAUUCAGGCGGUGACAUCGCAGUGGAGUCCAGCAGAGUUGCAGAGCAGGUGUACGUGAGCACUCGCAGGGGGGCGUGGGUCAUACGCAUGGUGUCGGACAACGGGCUGCCCGUGGACAUGAAGUACAACACCCGAUUCGUCCACAUCCUCUUCCAGCUCCUCCCGAUCAACGUGCUCAACUGGAUCGGGGAAAAUAAGCUGAAUGCCAUGUACGACCACACCAUGUAUGCCUUGAAGCCGAAGCACAGGCUAUUUAGUCAGAUCCCAGUGAUCAAUGAUGAGCUUCCGGGAAAAAUCCUGUCGGGCGCUGUGGUGGUGAAGCCCAACGUGAGGGAGAUCCGAGGCUCCAGCGUAGUGUUCGAGGACGGGACUGUGGUGGACAAAGUGGACGUGGUGGUCUUCGCCACGGGCUACAAUUACGACUUCCCCUUUCUGCCCCCGUCUGUCAUGGCUAAGUCAGGCCACAGAGUGGCGCUGUACAAACACGUGUUCCCCCCCAGCCUCGAGCACCCCACGCUGGCUGUGGUGGGGUUCAUUCACGCACUGGGGGCCAUCAUGCCUCAGGCAGAGAUGCAGGCACGUUGGGUGGCCAGAGUCUUCAAAGGUUUGAAGAAGCUUCCAUCCAAGAAGGUGAUGCUAAAGUCGGUUGAGAAUGACACAAAGAACAUGGAGAAAAAUUAUAUUUGUUCCAAGCUGGUCCCGCUUCAGGUGGACUUUGUCACCUACAUGGACGACAUAGCGGGCGAGAUCGGAGCACGCCCCAGCCUGCUCUGGCUCCUCAUCACCGACUUCCCGCUGUUCAAGUGGGUCCUGAUGGGCCCGGUCUCGACUUACCAGUAUCGGCUCACUGGACCCGGGAAGUGGCCGGGGGCCCGCCACGCCAUCUUCACCCAGUUCGACCGCAUGUACCAGCCUCUCAGGACCCGUCAGGUAGACGACAAGCCUGGAUGCUCCGCGGCGGGGCGCCUGUUCAAAUGGAGCGUGACCGCCGCUUUGGGGGCCUCCGCCGCGUACUACCUGCACCUUCACCCCCCGGCUGCCCUUCGUACCCUGCUCUCCACCCUUAAACCUGACAGGAUCUGAAUCCCGCUUUCAGUCUGCGUAGCCGGUACUCGACCGUUUAACGUGUAAAUCAGUUCUACUAACUCCCCGGUCUUACCUGACCCGAAACCUGAGCCAUCCUGAAACUGCUGCUUCCGACCACAUAGUGGUAAUGAUUGGUGGGACCACAUGAUGGUGGUGAAACUUUUCUGAAUGGACAUGCAUCAGUCAUUCUCUCAUGUUGUAAAGUUAUUAUUUAUUAUUGGGACCAAAGGAUAAUACCAUUGUUGAUCAUUGUCUGAUCCUGUGUAAUUCUGCUUUAUAAACAUAAAAAUUGAAAAAACAUAA